GGGAAGGACAGAUCGGCCGCCUAGAGAGGCCCAACAACGGGCUCACAGUCUAGUCUUCCUAGUAGGGUCAGAAAGCAGGAGGUAAGAGCUCGAGGGCGAGUGUUGGCGCUUCCAGCACCCGGAGCGAGGGGUUGCAGCAUCCCUGCUCCGGCUCCCGCAGGACCGUGCAACGAGGCAGCGAUGCAGCCCGUCUACCAGGAGGCCAAGCCCAACCCGCUGAAGGACGCCAACCUGUGCUCCCGCAUAUUCUUCUGGUGGUUAAAUCCUUUAUUUAGUACUGGCCAUAAACGGAAAUUGGAAGAAGAUGAUAUGUAUUCAGUACUUCCCGAAGAUCGCUCGAAGACCCUUGGGGAGGAGUUGCAAGGGUACUGGGAUAAAGAAAUUUUAAGAGCUAAAAAUGAAGCACGAAAGCCAUCUUUAACAAAGGCAAUCAUAAGGUGUUACUGGAAAUCCUAUUUAGUUUUGGGAGUUUUUACACUGAUUGAGGAGAGCACCAAAAUAGCUCAGCCACUCUUUUUGGGGAAAGUCAUUAGUUAUUUUGAAAAGUAUGAACCCCCUGAUCCUGAAGCCCUGGGUUGGGCCUAUGGCUAUACUGCUGCUUUGACCGGUUCUACACUCAUCUUGGCACUGCUACACCACUUAUACUUUUAUCAUGUACAGUGUGCUGGAAUGAAACUGAGAGUGGCCAUGUGUCAUAUGAUUUAUCGGAAGGCACUUCGUCUUAAUAACAGUGCAUUGGGAAAGACAACCACGGGUCAAAUAGUAAAUCUCCUGUCAAAUGAUGUGAACAAAUUUGAUCAGGUGACAAUAUUCUUACACUUUCUGUGGGCUGGGCCGCUGCAAGCUAUUGCAGUGACGGCCCUUCUCUGGAUGGAAAUUGGUUCUUCGUGCCUGGCAGGGAUGUUAGUUUUAGUUUUCUUACUGCCUUUACAGAGCUGCAUAGGGAAGCUGUUUUCUUCUCUAAGGAGCAAAACAGCUGCUUUCACAGAUGUCAGAAUUAGAACCAUGAAUGAAGUUAUAACUGGCAUGAGAAUAAUAAAAAUGUACGCCUGGGAAAAACCAUUUGCAGAUCUCAUUAGUAAUUUGAGAAGAAAUGAAAUUUCCAAGAUCCUUAAAAGUUCCUACCUCAGAGGAAUCAAUCUGGCGUCUUUCUUCGUGGCAAGCAAAAUCAGUGUUUUUGUGACUUUUACCACCUACGUGUUGCUGGGGAAUGUUAUCUCAGCCAGCCGAGUGUUUGUUGCAGUGACAUUGUACGGAGCAGUGCGGGUGACAGUCACGCUCUUUUUUCCUGCUGCCAUCGAGAGAGUUUCAGAAGCGAUCAUCAGCAUACGGAGAAUCCAGACCUUCUUAAUGCUGGAUGAGAUCUCCCAGCGCAAUCCACAACUGCAAGAAGGAGAAGUAAAAGCUCUCGUGCAUGUACAAGAGUUCACUAGUUAUUGGGAUAAGACAAUGGAAAUCCCAACUCUUCAGAAUCUUUCAUUUACUGUCCGACCAGGGGAAUUAUUGGCUGUGAUUGGACCUGUGGGUGCUGGAAAAUCAUCUCUCUUAAGUGCCGUGCUAGGUGAACUACCCAAGUGCCAAGGUUUGGUCAAUGUGAGGGGAAGAAUUGCCUAUGUUUCUCAGCAGCCUUGGGUGUUUGCAGGCACUGUGAGAAGCAACAUCCUCUUUGGAAAGAACUAUGAAAAAGAGAGAUACGAAAAAGUAAUAAAAGCCUGUGCUCUUAAAAAGGAUUUACAACUUCUGGAAGAUGGUGAUCUCACAGUGAUAGGAGAUCGAGGAACCACCCUGAGUGGAGGACAGAAAGCUCGUGUCAAUCUUGCCAGAGCAGUUUAUCAAGAUGCAGACAUCUAUCUCUUGGAUGAUCCACUAAGUGCAGUGGAUGCCGAAGUUUCAAGACACUUAUUUGAACAGUGCAUUUGUCAAACUUUGCACCAGAAGGUUGUAAUUUUAGUGACCCACCAAUUGCAGUACCUCAAAGCAGCAAGCCAGAUUCUCAUACUCAAUGAGGGCCAAGUGGUGGGAAAGGGGACUUACACCGAAUUCCUGAAAUCGGGAUUAGAUUUUGGCUCUGUCUUGAAGAAGGAAAAUGAAGAGGCUGAGCACACUCCAAUCCCGGGGACUCCCGUUCUGAGGAACCGCACCUUCUCGGAGACUUCUGUCUGGUCACAGCAGUCCUCUAUCCAUUCGCAGAAAGAGGGAGCUCCAGAACCUCAACCAACUGAAAAUAUGCAGGUUGCAUUUCCAGAGGAAAGCCGGUCUGAAGGAAAAAUUGGCUUUAAGGCCUACAGAAAGUACUUUGAAGCGGGCGCAAGCUACUUCGUCAUUUUUGUGCUUAUAGUUCUAAACGUCUUAGCCCAGGUUACCUAUAUCCUUCAAGAUUGGUGGCUUUCAUACUGGGCAAAUGAACAAAGUAAACUGAAUGUUACUCUAGAAGGAAACAGAGGAAAUGAAACUGAGCAACUAGAUCUUAACUGGUAUUUAGGAAUUUAUGCAGGAAUAACAGUGGCUACAGUUCUGUUUGGCAUAACAAGAUGUCUAUUAGUCUUCUACGUUCUCGUUAAUGCAUCUCAAACUUUGCACAAUAACAUGUUUGAGUCAAUUUUGAAAGCUCCAGUGUUGUUCUUCGAUAGAAAUCCAAUAGGGAGAAUUUUAAAUCGCUUCUCCAAGGAUAUUGGACAUCUGGAUGACCUGCUACCCCUGACUUUUCUAGACUUCAUACAGAUACUUCUAAUGAUGAUUGCUGUGGUGGCGGUGGCAGUGGCGGUGAUUCCUUGGAUUGUGUUUCCUUUAAUUCCACUUGGUAUUGUAUUCAUUAUCCUUCGUCGAUACUUCCUGGAAACGUCAAGAAAUGUUAAACGUCUGGAAUCCACAACCCGGAGCCCAGUAUUCUCCCACUUGUCAACUUCUCUCCAAGGACUUUGGACCAUCAGGGCCUACAAAGCUGAGGAGAGAUUCCAAGAAAUGUUUGAUGCUCAUCAAGAUCUUCAUUCAGAGGCUUGGUUCUUAUUUCUGACCACGUCCCGGUGGUUUGCUCUACGUCUGGAUGCCAUCUGUGCCAUCUUUGUCAUAGUCAUUGCCUUUGGUUCUGUGAUCCUGGCGAAAACUCUGGAUGCAGGAGAAGUUGGCUUGGCAUUGUCAUAUGCCAUAACUCUCAUGGGAAUGUUUCAGUGGGGAGUGAGACAAAGUGCCGAAGUUGAGAAUAUGAUGAUUUCUGUGGAGAGAGUCAUGGAGUACACAGAACUUGAAAAGGAAGCCCCUUGGGAAUCCAAGAAACGACCACCACAGGAAUGGCCCAGCCAAGGAGUGAUUGUUUUUGAAAAUGUUAAUUUCACAUACAAUUUAGAUGGCCCCCUGGUACUCAAGCACUUGACAGCACUUAUUAAAUCAAAAGAAAAGGUUGGAAUUGUAGGAAGAACUGGAGCAGGAAAGAGUUCCCUCAUCGCUGCACUUUUUCGUUUGGCAGAACCCGAGGGCCGAAUUUGGAUUGACAAGGUCUUGACAACAGAAAUUGGACUUCAUGAUUUAAGGAGGAAAAUGUCAAUCAUACCUCAGGAGCCCGUUUUAUUCACUGGAACAAUGAGAAAAAAUUUGGAUCCCUUUGAUGAGCACACUGAUCAAGACCUAUGGAAUGCAUUGCAAGAGGUGCAACUAAAAGAAGCUGUAGAAGAUCUUCCUGGUAAAAUGGACACUGAGCUGGCAGAGUCAGGAUCCAAUUUUAGUGUUGGACAGAGACAGCUAGUGUGCCUUGCCAGGGCUAUCCUCCGGAAAAAUCGAAUAUUGAUUAUCGAUGAAGCAACAGCAAAUGUGGAUCCGAGAACUGACGAGUUGAUUCAAAAAACAAUUCGUGAGAAGUUUGACCAAUGCACUGUACUGACCAUUGCACACAGGCUAAACACCAUUAUUGAUAGCGACAAGAUAAUGGUUUUGGAUGGAGGAAGACUGAAAGAAUAUGAUGAGCCAUAUGUUUUACUGCAAAAUAAAGAGAGUCUGUUUUACAAGAUGCUGCAACAAAUGGGAAAAGCUGAAGCUGCUGCCCUCACUGAAACAGCAAAACAAGUGUACUUCAGAAGGAAUUACCCAGAAGUCACCCAGAAUGGUCAAACGACUAGCACCACUUCAAGGGAUGCUUCGCCAGGAUUGAUUGUUUUUGAGACGGCAUUGUGAGCCCAAGGAGGCAAGAAUGUUCUGUAUCAAGUGAAGCUUUAAUCAGCUCAACACUAAUGGCAUUCACAGUGAUUUUGCACCCUAAGACUAUAUUGCAUUUUUCUUUAGCAAAAAAAAGUAAAUGUUCAAUUUAUAGUAAUUUCUGAAAUUUUUUUCCAGCUUCACCCAGUAAUUUCAAGUGCUAAGACUAUAGAGAUGGCUCAUUUUUUAUUUAAAUGUCACAAUUGCAGAUUUGUUUUCACAACCAAUUUGGAGGUGUGUGACACCAAUUAAAAAACUACCAACAGGUUCAUGUGCCUUAUCAGAAUUUAAAGCCAAAGUCCCACAUACAGGGUACGUACUGAAUUCAAAACAGAAACUUUCUUUUUUACUUUUUCAAAUUAGUGUUUUCAAAUAAUAUCAGGGAUUCUACUUGAAUGCUGCGUGAAGUUGCCACUUGUCUUGCCAUUUAGUUUUACUGUGAGUAGAACUUACAUGUUAUUAAAUACCCUCAGUUUGAAAUAAUGUCCCUAGUGAAGAGAGUAUAGGAGAAAACACCCAUGCCUUAUCUGUGCUUUGUUAGAAGCACUUAGAUGUAGUUUAAAUAUUUUUAUCUUUAAUAUGUUUUCCUUUUACUGUUAGAGUGCAUAGUAGCACUAGCAAAUUACUUUUAGGAAGGUUACAAUGCACACUUCAGUUGUUAAAGA